AAACGCUCAGAGACCGUUUGCCUCAAUUCACAGAUCGACCUCUUCGCUGAUCACCUAGAGUUUCAGGUGAACAAUCACAACGCAAUUCGACUAUCAAAGGACGUUUCAAAUCACUGAGUCAAGCUAAUGAAGCUGAAGAUGAACAAAGUUUGCGAUCUCAGCUCCAUCUCGGUCCUUCCUCCUCACGCGAGGAGAUCAAAUGCUAGACCAACUGGACCGCAAGCAUCACAGCUUCAAUCUCAAGCAUCGCAGCAAUCAUUUUCGCAAGGAAUUUCAUCUCAGCAUGGCAUGUUUUCUCAGCUCUCUCAGAACUCUCUCAAUGAGGUUCUGACAAAUGAUCAGAGAUUUGGUUCUCAAGAACGAGAGAACUCUGUGAAGAAGAUUUCUUGCUUGCCACCACUAAGUUGUACACGAGAAGAUAGUCAAAUGCCAACCUCAAGACAUUCAGCAAAUCUGAUCCGCAAAUGGAAUUCUGCUUCUGUUCCAGACCAUAGAUGUCAGAAUAGUGAAGAAAUUGAACAUCGAAUUGGAUUGAUGGAAACUUCAUUAAGCAGGUUAGGAAUGAUUUUGGAUUCUCUUCAGAGCGAUGUCAUGCAAGUUAACAGAGGAACAAAAGAAGUUUCACUGGAGACGGAAGGCAUACGGCAGAAGUUGAUUCUUCAUGAUAGCUUACUGCACUUGAUGAACAAGGGACAAGAAGAUAUCAAAGCUAGCCUUGCUGAGGGAGUCAGAUCGAUAUCUGAUCAGCUAAGCAAAGAUAUAUAUCAAGACAAAUUACAGGAGAUUUGCAUGCUGGUGUCAGCUUUUCCACAGCAGAUGGAAGCAUCUGCACUGCAAUUACAAGAUAAGCUCAGCAAAACCCUUGCCAAAGAAAUGCAAGUAAUAGCUUGCAGGGUGAAGGCUCCUAACCAGAAAGAUCCAGCACCCUCCAUCAUUCUACCAGAGGGUACUGACCAUCGUGCUACUCCACAGAGUUAUGCACAGCCUCCUAGGAAUACUGCAGUGCCUCCAAAGGUCUGUGUGCAAGCAACCGUAGUUCCAAGGAUAGAAACAGGAGGUUGGAAGACUGUAAAAAUGGAAAAAGCGAUUGCCAAGGAUAGGGCAUCCAGCAAGGUGCAGAAACAAAACGGUUGUUCUUCCCUCAAACAGGAAACAAGUUGUAGAAUUAACAUUGAAUCAGAUGAGGAGAUGGAUGGAGGUUUUUCCUGCUUGCUUGAAGAGAAGGAAACAGGAAAGUGUUUGAUUGAUGAGGUAAAGGAAGAGACUGAACGGAUUUUGAAGAAAGCGAGGAGGCGAAAGAGAAAAUCCUGUAAUCUAAUAAUUAUUAAUUGAAGGACUUCAGGUGCAAGAUAUCUCUGCAGCUGAUGAAAAGAAAAAGGAUUCCAGCUGAAAGACUCCGUGGGCGGCCAUACUAUGAGUUCGACUACUUUUGGUACAUUUCUUUCUACACCCAUGUGCGUGACCAAUUUGGGAUGACUAAAGGUGACGGAAUAUAGUUGUCUUAAAUGGUCUUUUCUUUGAAGGGAAUUAUUGAGCUGCUCUAGUGUUAUUCACCAUAUGAACUGAGUGUCUUGUGAUCGACUGUUGAAAUUAAUACAUGAAAAAUA